GGAUACCUCGGUUGCUCACACGGACGGAUCGCACCCCAAGCGGAGGGAGAGAGAGAGAUCAUCCCUCCCUCCUUCCCCUUCUUCCCUCCCUCUCCUCCUGCGGUGGAUAAAGCAGCGCCGACGCAUGCAUCGGCCAUGCCAUGCCAUGCCUGCCCAGGCCCCGAGAGAGAGGGCAAGCUUGCUUCCAGAAGCUUCGCCGAGGAGGAGGAAGGAGGGCUGAUGAGGAGAGAAGAGGAGGGGUGCCCGCUAUUUCCACCCUGCUGCCGGGGCUCAAUCGCUGGGCUCUCUCUCUCCCUCCCUCCCUCAUUCCCUCCCGUUCUCGCCUCCUGCCCUUGAGUGCGUGUGUUUAUUGUGUUGUGGCUCUGGAUGAAGAAAGCAACAUGAAGCUAGUAGCUACUACUUAGCUGAUGAUGCGCUGUGCUCCUCCACUGCGCUCGGCACUUGCUUCCCACCACGCCCACCCACCUACUCCCCACUGUCUUUCCUUCCUGUUCUGCCUGUUCUCAUUAUCCCGAAUUAGCCCUCGGGAGGGUCUCUCUCUGUCCUUGUGGUCCUUGUCUGCGCGUCUUUCCCUUUCCCUGUGCCUUUCUAAAUUAGCUCUGCUGCGUUUAACUCUCUGGUGGUUGCUCGCCACCUUGCGUGCUACUUAUCUCUGCUUCUUCUGCCCCUUUUCUGCUUCUUUUUCGCCUUCUGUGGUUGUCGCCUCCAGCUCUCAUUGCAGCUUUUUCUUCUGUUUUGGUGUUGGUGGUAGCUUACGGACGAUUUAGCUCUGUGGAUACUCUUACCGUGUUCUCGCAUGGUAGCGAAGGAGCUUAGGAUGACGACAAGCAUUGGAGCCUAUCGAUGCGUUUUGGAGGACUUGCACGACGAGUGUCUUAUGUUUUCCAGGGCAUGCAGGCUGUGUGAACGACAUAACACGCUUCCGAGAUGUGUCCCUGCCUUUGCCGCCUUCUCACCCCAGUAUAAAGAUUGUGUUUUAUCCUUGAUCUGAGUUUCUCCCGUGUUUUCCUUUUUGGGCCAUGUUUAGAUUUGUUAGAGACUGAUGUGGGUUCAUGCGCACGCAAUGCACGUGGAUUCUCCUAGUUUCCUUGUAGUUUAAGACGUCUCAUGCAAGCUCCCUUACUCUCUUUCAACUUCAUCAGUGGGAGUACGCAUCUCUCAACCUCUUCCUGAACUCGGAUUGAAGGACUUCAUUUAAUGCUUGCUCUUAUGAAGCAUGUCCUGGAUUUAGAGUCUCGUUAAAGUACGCGUGAGGGACACUGUUUUGAUUAUCAGGUUGAGCCACUUCGUGAUGUUGUGAGUUGCCCAUGGCUCCGGUGGCUGCUGUAUCAAGGCCGCCUGGAAGACCGAAGCUGCGGUCCAAAAUCGAUGGAAGACCUGCAAUAUCCGCCCUCUGCACCGCUCGGAAUUUGGAUAGGUGCACCCGGCAGCUGGGCCAUUGGAAUCCGUUUGCGAACUCAGCUGCUGCAAGCCCUGAUCACAAAUUUGGAAGUAAAAGUUUGAGAGAAGAAGGCCAACUACCGGAGCCAAACCCUAACUUGGGCUCUGGUACUGUCUGUUAUGACAAUCAUCACCGCAUGUUGGCAGCUGAGUCUUCGAACGUGUUAGUCAGACCGGAAUGCUGGAGAUUCCCAGGUACUGUGCAGCAUAGCACUGAAAGUAGAGGUUCCGAGCCAUUUCCUUCUUUUGGAGAGAGCUGGUUCUAUAGUGCAACCAUUUCGGGUAUAGAGAAAGGGGUAUUCGAAUUUGGCAAAGUACCAAGUGAGUAUGGCGCUCGAUCGGUACACGAGGGUAGAGUUCAUGGUUGGAGCAAGCGCCGGAAGCAGCUCUCUCAUGCACUUGCUCGGGGUUUAUGGAGAUGGAAGGACGGCUUCCACGCACGGAAGAGGAUGAAACGAUGCGGACCGGGAGGCUCUCGCAACUCUGGUUCAGACAAGAGCAGUGACAGGGCACCCCAUGCAGUACAUGCUUCAGAUCCAUCUACUGCACCGACUUCGAAGGCCGGCCCUUUCAAGUGGUCUGAUUUCCCCGUAACUCCGACCGACUCAAGUGGUGAGCUUUUCAGUUGCACAGGAGGAGGCAGUGGCAGCAACUUGGUGUCCGAAAUGAACGCUUUGGGCAAAGAUUGGACAGCUUGUAGUUGCCUUCGCGAGGAUGGUAUAAAUGGAAGAGCAGAUUGCGACCAGUGCUGGCUUGGUAAUGAUAAUCAGAACACUGAGUCCGGCUAUGGAAGUGAACCUGGAUAUAGAGGUGAUGAGGAACCAGAGUUCGGUGAUAUAGAUGACCAAGAUGAAGAGGAAAUUGAACCAGAGCAUUUACGGGUAUGGAGGCAGGUUAUGUCCCGUCACGAUGGGCCUCAAUGUUAUAAGAUACAGGGAGUGAAUGUUCAAGCAGGUGGUAUCGGUGCUGAUUUUACUUGCACCUCACGACAAACAUGCGCCGACUGACGCCCGCUGCCACGCGAUAGUACAAGACCGAAGUUCUCUCAAGUGUAAGGGCAGGGGGUGGUUCUGUAUGCAAAUGCAGCCUCCCCCUCUCGUGGUGAUUAUUUAUUGGUUAGUUACCUCUAUUUCAUGACGGCGAUUGUAGUAAAUGUUUAUAUUUCACGUGUAAUUGUAAAGUUAAAAGUAGGCUCCAUUUUUUGAACACGUGACGACAUGCAUCACACGCAACUCCACGAAGUGGAAGCAUCGUGACUGAGCAGGUUGCCCCAUACUUUUCAGGCUCCGUUCAGCGUCAUUUACCCACGAUGCGAGCAAGUCUUCAUGAUAUUUGGGCUGACAAAACUUCCAAUGUGUUCUAUGUCUGAGAAAUCUUACAACUCAUUAGUUGGGUAUGUGUGUUACGAAUUUAGCAGAUUCACCGUCGCUUUCCUGUCAUACGUGCAAUGAAUCGUACGAGUUCUUAACACU